AUGACUGCUGUCGUCGUUACUCGAUCAUCACAAACAAUAUGUCGUCUUCAUCUUCCUACAAACAGUUUGCUCACUUACGAAUCCCACUUGAAGAGAGUCUCCGGCACCACCAAUUUUUCUGAUGCAAAUCUCAUUAGAGAAAGUGCAUUCGGAAAGGCUUACAAAGGACACCUCUUUCGGUCGGAACAACAGAUUGAUAUUGUUGCAGAAAGGUUAGAUCGUAAGCAUGGAUACGGAGACGUCGAGUUCUGGAAGGAGAUUUCGAUGCUUUCUAGUCUCAAGCAUGAAAACCUGGUAUCUGUUAUUGGGUUCUGUGAAGAGAAAGAUGAGAAGAUCAUCAUAUACAAGGAUAAGGUCAACGGAAGUCUCGACAAACUUCUUAGAGACCCGACCCUCACAUGGAUGCGGAGAUUGCAGAUAUGUGUUGGUGUUGCGCACGCUUUGAGUUACAUUCAUUAUGAUAAGCGACGCGAUUUUAGCGUCAUACAUCGUGAUAUCAGGAGCUCAAAGAUCUUACUAAAUGACCACUGGGAAGCGAAGUUAUCUGGUUUUGAACUUUCCAUCAGUCAGAAAGCAGCUCGAAGAAACCGACUUUGCCUUAUUGAUGUUCGUCGCAUGCGUGGGUAUUGUGACCCAACGUAUGUCAAGAGUGGAAGUGUGACCCACAAGUCGGAUAUGUAUUACUUUGGUGUAUUGUUAUUUGAAGUAUUGUUCGGAAAGAACGCAGUGAUGGUUAACGAGGUUAAUAGGUUGCUAGACCCGUUGGCGAUAUCUCAUUAUGAAGGUGGAAGAUUAGAUGAUAUGAUCGAUCCGGUUCUAUGGAAACAGAUGGAUCCACAAUCAUUCAAGAUCUUUUCAGAAAUAGCAUAUUACUGCUUGAAGAAACAACGAUCACAGCGUCCAAACAUAGAUCAGAUUGUUAUGAAACUUGAGAAAGCAUUGGAGUCUCAACAGAAACAUGAAAAUCCUGCUUACUCGACGGUUGAAGGCAUAGCCUCCAAAACCUUGAAGGGGAAAAAUGUGGAACACUUACGCAUCCCACUAAGUGAUAUAGUGUCGGCCACCAAGAAUUUUUCUAAAACAUACUUCAUUGGUUCAGGCACGUAUGGUGAUGUAUACAAAGCGGAGCUUGACCAUUUUGAUGACAAGUAUUUCCUUCCACUACAAGAGAAGCAAAAAAGCGAACUUCCCAAAAAGCGUAGCAUUGUAGCUGUAAAACGGAUAUUGGUUAGAGAAGACAAGCAAGGAGAACAAGGGUUCCUCGCUGAAAUUGAAAUGCUUUCAAGUUGUAGUGGUAAAUUGGCUAAUCUUAGUUGGAUGCAACGUAUAAAGAUCUGCAUUGAUAUUGCACGCGGGUUGCAUUACCUUCAUACAAAGAUAGAGGAUGAACGAAGGAUAAUACACCGUGACAUAAAAAGUGGUAACAUUUUAUUAGGUGAGAAUUGGGUGGCAAAGAUUGCUGAUUUUGGGCUCUCCAAAUUCCACCCGAAGAGUCAACAAACGAACACUCUCUAUACAGAACAUAUUGCAGGCACAAAAGUAUAUUUGGAUCCAGAAUAUGAUAACACAGAUAGCAACGGGAUUGCACCUGUCGCACGAAGACGCUUCAAUGAGGGCACAAUAAAGGAAAUUGUUGAUCCUCGAUUACUUGAAGAAACGCAUGAAAGUGUUUUCACCCUAAAUAAAGGACCUGAUCAGGAUUCCCUUGACGCAUUUUCAAAAAUUGCAUAUCAGUGUGUUGCAGAAACUCAAGCUGGGCGCCCCACAGCGGAAGUCAUCAUCAAGAAACUUGAGGAAGCAUUAUCUUUUCAAGAAAACAUCAAGGACAACCUCAAACUUUCACUAGAAGGUUUAAUAUCGAUCACGGAAAACUUCAGCAGUAAGAACGAGAUUGGUAAAGGAGGAUUUGGUAAGGUGUACAAAGGAGAAGUUGCAUAUGCUGAUGGACGCAAUACCAUUGCCGCAAAGCGGUUGGAUAAGAGUUUAGGUUAUUGCAACGAAAUGGAUGAAAAUAUCAUUGUUUAUGAGUACGCAUCUAGAGGAAGUCUUGACAAACACUUGAGCAACAAUGGUCUUACAUGGAGGAAACGGCUUGAGAUAUGCAUUGAUAUUGCAAGUGGCUUGGAUUUCCUUCAUGGAGGUGCGGUGACACAAGAGAUCUUGUGUGGUAGACUCGUGUGUGAAAUCAUCAAUGGCAAACUUCAAAUUCCAACCAAUUUGUUUAAACGCCACUAUGAAGAAGGAAACCUCGAUGAGAUGGUUUUUGAAGGUAUAAAGAAACAAGCUGUGCCCAAAUCGUUGACCACAUUUCAAGCGAUUGCCUACCAAUGCUUACAUGAUGAAAGUAAAAAUCGACCAACAACAAGUGAGGUCCUAUUACAACUCAAAAGAGCAUUGGAGUUCCAAGAGGAUUAUGAAAUAUGGGCACCCAAAUUGCCUAAUGAUUAUGAACAAACAUUUAAAAUGUCAAACUUUCCUGAGAUCCACUCCAUUGAAAAGAAAAAGGACCUCUACGACAUGCUCUGCAAAGGAAUACUCCUUCAAGAAGGCAAAAUGUUGUUUUCACUGGGCGAUAAUGGAGAACGAAAUGGAAUGAUAUCAGCAAGAAAGUUUCUAUACAAACGUCGGUCAGGUUCACAUAAGUGGCGAUCUGUUCCAGAAUCAAGGUUUGAUAAAGUAGCAAAGAUGUUAGAUCUAUCGAAUCUAAAUAUCCAAAAAAUCUGUGGCAAAUCGGAUGUACGUGAACCUAAAAGAGCUUUUCGCGAUGCUACUGUGAAAGCCAUGACAUCUAUAUUCAAGGCAUCGAGUUUCGGGCCAUUGAUAAUGUCAAACAUGAAGAAAUCAAGAAAUUGAAGGAAGUCCAACAACUCUCGAUCAUUAUUAUUCCUUUGUAUAAUUUGUAUAUUACAUGUUCUAUAUACAUCCAAUAACAGUAGGAUCACCGUAAAGUCGAGGAUGCACAAUUACCACGCUACAAGUAAAAGUAGAAUCAAAGUACACCAUACAAAUAAAUAUGGCAUACCAUUCAAUAUAUUUCAUUCGGUCGUUUCAUCAAACACUUAAUAUGCAUGUAAAAAUAAAUUUGUUCAAGAAAAAAAUAAGAAAUAAACUCAAAUGGAGUUUUGGUCUGUUGGAAACCAAUGGACAACAACUAUGAUGAAAGAAAGCAAUACAUACAUGUUGGUUGGUAUCCUGUUCAGAUUUGUUAUGCACAUCUUAACG